AGCAAGUAAAUAAAUAUAAAUGAUAUGUGUUUUUUUGACACGAUUGGAUUUUGUCUUGUGAACAAACACGCGAUUGCCAACGGAGCGUAGUAUUUAAGUGAGAGCACUCAAGCGAUAGCUCAUUUCCCACCACACAGACUUGAUUUUGAAAUAUUGCGCCAUAACUGCCAAUAGCACAGCUUUUGACUAUAUUUUUCCAGUAAAUGCUGCUCAGUUUUUAAGGAAACAAAAUUAAGAUAUCCAAAUGGUUUCCAUAUGCGACCUACCGGAUGAGGUCUUAAUACGGAUUUGCAAAAUGUUGGACCGCGAUGUGCAGGAAUACCGCUGGGCUAAUGUUUGUAAACUUUUUCAGUAUAUCUACUUUCGAUAUUUCCACAAUUGGGCUGAAGUUAACGACAAUUUGGCGCAAAAUUUUGGUCAUCUCAUCGGCACCGGCGAGUUUCCGCUGAGAAUCAUAAAGACACUCAAUUUGUCGAAGUCAAAAUGUACGAAAGUCUUUUUAAACAAACUACGUGAAUUCCAUAAGGAGAUUGAAGUGGCGAAACUCUUUUCAUUCACCGACGAGUUCUUGGCUGAACUUUUACCAUUGCCAAAUCUGAAGAAACUGAUCUGCAUAGGCACUUAUAACUUGAGAGGCAGCAGCCUGAUAGAUCUCAACAGUCUCACGGAGCUACACAUACACACUAACAAAUUCUUCGAUCCGGAAAAUCUGCUGCAAAUAGCCUCCCACAAUUCACUGAAGACGCUCGUAAUGCCCAACGACCCACGAACGCUUUCGAAUAGGUAUGCCUUUGAAUUGGUCGAAAAUCUGUCAAACGUGGAGGAGCUUGUGACUGAGUUUAAUCCCUGUAAAUCUUGGCAACUGAUCGGCAUGCUGCCGAAACUGAAAAAGCUCGAACUCUGGGAUUUCGUUAGUCAUGAGUGUGAGCUGUGUUUGGAGGACCCCAAUUCAUACGAAGCAUGCGGAAGCCAACAUGCCAUGCUUUUCUUUGACGAAUUGUGCAAGAGGAAUCAGCUGGAAGAAUUGGUGUUUUGCGACGGUUACGUGUCUGAGCCACAUCUCUUGAGAAUUUCGCAGCUGACAAAUUUGCAGCGUUUGAAGUUCUGCAGAGCCUCUAUGCCAGGCUUCCUAUCAUUAGAUGUUUUAAAAGAUUUGGUUAAUUUGGAAGAGCUACAACUGGACGGCUGUCGACAAGUGAAUGUAGAGGGGUCACUUGAGCUAAUAAGGAGUUGUCAUAAACUGAAAAUACUGAACUUUUGGUUUUCUGGUGGCAUAACUGUGAACUUUGUUACGGAGGCAAAUGAUAUCUUAAGCAAAAGACAACCGCCAUCAGCGGAACCUUUGACCUUGGGAUUCUACAGGCAGUGUGCUGAGUACUUGGAGAAAAUAACUUUUGAAAAACCGCUUCCAUUUCUAAAGUUUAUGAAGCUAACAAGAAAGUUUGUAGAGGCCGAAGAAGAUUAUUUGAAAAGAGAGGAGGACAUUGUGAGUCAAACGGAUGUUCAGGGCGACUCGCUGAAAAGGAAAUUUUCCAUCAUGAACAUGGUAUCGGAUCAAACGGAACUUGAAAUCAAAGUGAAAUGCGUCAAACUAAAGCUGCCAUCAGGGAAAGCAGCGGAGGCGGAGGAAAAACGUAACGCUGGUCACUUGCGGUAUAACUGAAAUUAUGCUUCAA